AUGGCUAGUGCUGGGUGGGCUUUGCAUGAGGUUCCCUCCCAUGUGAAGAUUCCACAUGAGACCUCCAACUUGGAUUCUCUUAGAAAGGUUCCCAAGACUGAUGUUGUGGGGCCUUUUCCUGGGGAAUCUCAAGCGAGCACAUGGAAAGGUGCUCUUGUUGGAAAUACUAAGUUGGGGUCGUCAACUCUGCUGGCAAAGGUAAUUGCUGGUGAGGAUGGUCCCAAGAUUUGUCUCCCUGAUAGUAUUAUGGAUAAUAUCACCUCCUCCCUACACCUCUGCUUGGUGGGGAGAUUCUUGGCCUUUAGACCCACGAUAGAUAUGGUUAGAAGAUGGGCUGGUUCCAGAUGGAAACUAAAAGGUAGUGUCUCUGUCUCUUCUAUGUUGGGUGGGCUCUUUUUAUUUAGAUUCACUAUAGAAGAAGACUUUAUUUACAUCAUGUCUGGUUCAUGGUCUUACGAUAAACAUUGCUUAGCUCUCUCUAAGUGGAAGUCAGGGUUUGACCCUAGUGCAGACCUCCUCAGACUGGCACCGGUCUGGAUCAGACUCCGUGGCCUCCCUUUGGAGUUCUGGGAUGACACCAUUUUUAGAUGGAUUGGCAACUCUUUUGGUCAGUUCGUUGUUGCUGACAAUGUGACGAUGCAGAAGUCCAGACUCGUUUAUGCUUGCCUAUGUGUGAAUGUGGUUGUCAACAACCCCCUCCCUAACUUCGUAGCUCUCAAAUCUAAAUGGGGUAAAUGGAAGUAG